UUAUAGCCCAGCCCCCGGCAUAUGAGACUAUAACUUGAGUGAAAAGGGUUUUGAAUGUUACAGGGCUCCAAAUCCCUUGGGAGCAGUGUAAAGAAAGCCUUGUGCAACCUCUGGCAGGAAUCGGGGCUGGCGUGACCUCCGCGGAGGCUGCUGCUAACGGGACGCUUGCUCUCCGGGACGCGAGGCUAAGAGGCGUCUCUAUGGUGAAGUACACAUAGAGCGGUGCCCCGCUUCCCCACGCGGUGGGACUGCGCAUGCGCUGCGGCUGCAGCUUUGGCAAGAUGGCGGAGGAAGAGCAAAGAAAGAAGAUCCCUUUGGUUCCAGAAAACCUCCUGAAAAGGAGGAAGGCGUACCAGGCCCUCAAAGCCACCCAGGCGAAGCGGGCACUUUUGGAAAAGAAGGAGCAGCGGAAAGGAAAAGAUAUCAGGUUUAAGCGACUGGAAUGGUUCCUGCACGAUGCCUGGCGGCAGCAGCGUGACAAGGUGCGCCUCAGACGGCUGGAAGUGAAGCCGCACGGUUUGGAGGUGCCAGAUGAACAUUCCUUGGCCUUCGUUGUGCGCAUCCAAAGGAUCAGGGGGGUGAGCUUACUGGUACAGAAAACCAUUGCAAGGCUUCGCCUGAAGAAGAUUUUCAGUGGUGUCUUUGUCAGAGUGACCCCCAAGACCAUAAAAACGCUGCGUAUAGUGGAACCGUAUGUGACCUGGGGAUUUCCCAAUCUGAAGUCUGUCCGGGAGCUCAUCUUGAAACGUGGACAAGCCAAGGUCAAGAAUAAAGUCAUCCCUUUGACAGACAACACAGUGAUUGAGGAGCAUCUGGAAUAUCUGAAAGCACACUGCAUUGGAAGCAUGUGUUUCUGUUUUUUGGAAUUAUCCAGUAUCUUCAAAGAAGAUUAUUUUCUGCUAUAUCUUCAGAAACUGCAGGGGAAGGGUCAGGGAAAAGAUGGUGGUGAUGUCCCACUUCCAAAGGAAAAGUGCAGUGUGUUUCCCACGUUGGGCACUGCUGCCACCUCUGAAAUCAGCCAAGGACUCAUGCCAUGGAGGAGAGGGUCCUGCGUCACAGAUAGGAGAUGUCCUCGUCACAUCUGUGCCCAAGCGUGAACUCAAGACGGCAGUGGGCCCAGCCCAGACGCAUGCCUGAACUUGGGGUUCCCAAUGCCUCGUUUUGGAAAGAACUUGAAAUACAUUUAGAAGAGCACAAAAAUGGGGCUCCGUUGUC